ACGCCAUGAACUCGACACCUCGUCAAUAGAAACGGUCGUAAACACUUACCGCGUGCGCUCCGGCGACAAGGACGGCCGCGCAGACGCACAGCAGCAGCAACCUGUAAAAUAAAUGGAUGAGGAGGAGAAGGAUGAAUUGUGAAUAAGACGUAUUGAGGCCAACGUGCAGAGCGCGCUCCGCCGCUGACUGAGUGGAAACAGAGGCCGAGAUUCAAGUGCUUGUUUGCGGACACGCCAAAAGUCGGUGCGCCGCGGAGAUGCUGCUGCUUCCCCCCGCCGCUCUUCUACUCCUGCUGGCCGUGUCGUCAAGCGUGGACCGAGCCACGGCUGAGGGCUGUGGGACAUCAUGUGGAAAAUGUGACUGCAGUGGUGUGAAGGGAGCCAAGGGUGAGCGUGGCCUCCCUGGUCUUCAAGGUAACAUGGGAUUCCCAGGAAUGCAGGGACACGAGGGGCCACCUGGGCCAAUUGGGCCCAAGGGAGAUCCAGGACAGUUUGGCGCUCCUGGAAUUAAAGGCGUCCGGGGUCCUCCUGGUCUUCCAGGUUUCCCAGGAAAUCCAGGAUUACCUGGAAUCAAUGGAAACGAUGGUCCACCUGGCGCUUCUGGUAUCCCAGGAUGCAAUGGGACCAAAGGUGACAGAGGAAGAGACGGUGUUCCUGGUUUUGAUGGUCUUCAAGGACCUCCUGGCAUCCCGGGGCUUCCUGGAAUUAAGGGUGAUCCAGGUGGUGGGAUUGGCAAUAUUCUCCUUAAAGGAGACAGAGGCUUCCCGGGCACACCUGGACUUCCUGGAUCUCAUGGACCACCUGGGCCUAUCGGUCCUCCAGGGCCUCGGGGGUACAUCGGACCCAAAGGUGAUGACGGUCCACCAGGCCCUCCUGGAGAAAAGGAUGACAAGUUGUCCUUUGAGAGUGAGAAAGGAGAAAAGGGCGACCGGGGCUUCAGAGGCCCACCCGGCCCUCCUGGACCCCCUUCCAGUGUGGAAGGUCCUGGCACAGAGUUUAUAGGACCACCGGGAAAGAGAGGAUAUCCAGGGGAAAAAGGAGAAAAAGGCUAUUGCAAUAUAUCUUUGAAUGGAGUCAAGGGUGAACCGGGCCCACCAGGACCACUAGGCAAACCUGGCAAGGAAGGAGACGAAGGACGAAAGGGAGAAAAGGGCUUCCCCGGAAAUUAUGGAUACCCUGGGCCUCAGGGUGAAAAAGGAGAAAGAGGGCCUCCUGGAUAUGCAAGUGGUGCCCCCGGUCCCCCCGGUCCCCGUGGCCUCCCUGGGUUACAAGGAGAAAAAGGUUUUCCUGGACCUCAGGGAGAAGCAGGCCCACCAGGACGCUAUCUUGAAGGACCUCGUGGAGAGACCGGCCAAAAGGGGGAUGUGGGUGAGAAAGGAGACAGGGGUAUUGAAGGAGAGUCUCUAGUUGGACCCCCAGGGCAACCGGGCCCAGAAGGACCCCCUGGGCUUCCAGGAUUACCCGUUGAUCCAAAUGAAUGCACCAAUGCAAAAGGUGCCCCUGGCCCACCCGGACCUCCAGGACUUCAAGGAGAACUGGGACAGAAAGGUGACCAAGGAGACACUUGUGUACUGUGUGAUGGGUACGGACCUCCGGGAUUACCUGGUCCCCAAGGUCUUAAAGGAGAGCGGGGACCUCCUGGUCCAGUGGGAGGCAAAGGAGACAAGGGUAAUUCUGGACCCCCAGGAGCUCCUGGAAGACCUGGCAUCAAUGGCAUUCCUGGUUUGAUUGGGGCCCCUGGUCCAGUUGGAGAGCCUGGAGAUAUAUUCAUUGCGCCGGGUCUGAAAGGAGACAAAGGCUUCCCUGGUCCUGAUGGUUCACCUGGACAACCAGGUCUAGAUGGACACCCAGGGAGGGAUGGCCUACCUGGUGUUCCUGGCCACAAAGGAGAACCUGGCACAGGGGGCCUCAAAGGUGACCGUGGAUCAAUUGGGGACCCUGGUCUUACAGGCCCACCUGGGGAGAGGGGUCCUCCAGGUCUGCCAGGCUUUGGGCGACCUGGGGUCCCUGGAGACAAGGGGAGUCAGGGGAGGUCCGGCAUCCCUGGAUUACCUGGAACACCUGGUGCGAAAGGUGAGCCUGGUCAAGGUGUGAGUAUUCCCGGACCGCAGGGUGUACCUGGACCACGAGGAGAACCUGGCACAGAUGGACCUCAAGGUCUAAGGGGUCUCCAAGGAGACUCGGGAAUACCAGGUUUUACUGGAGAAAAGGGUGAUCAAGGACCACCAGGAAUUGGAUUUCCAGGCCCAACUGGUGCAAAAGGAAUCAGUGGAAUUCCGGGUGCUCCGGGAUUACCAGGAGAGACAGGAAGACCUGGACAAGAUGGUCUUUCUGGACAACCUGGUCCACAGGGACAAAAAGGUGAACCAGGAAUGGGACUCCCGGGGCAAAAAGGCUCACAGGGUCCUCCGGGAAUUAUUGGCUUUCCUGGAGAGAAAGGUAACACAGGAUUACCUGGUAUUCCUGGGCAAGAAGGCCUGACAGGACCACCGGGACCUCAGGGAGUAAAAGGUAACAUUGGGCCCCCUGGACCAGCUGGAGUUGUAGGAUUACCCGGUGCUCCAGGUAAGGGCUUGCCAGGAGCCCCAGGACCACAAGGACAACCCGGAGAGCCCGGUCCAUUUGGUAGGAUAGGUGAAAAGGGAGAGAGGGGCUAUCCAGGUCCUCCCGGCAUUGGCAUGCCAGGGCCUCAAGGAGAAAAAGGACUCACUGGGUUACCAGGAGUCCCUGGUGUAAAAGGUUUGCGAGGAGCACCGGGCUUGCCAGGAAGGGAUGGACUGAUAGGAGACCAAGGUAUAAAAGGUGAAAUGGGGGUCAUUGGCACGCCAGGGUUGCCAGGAUUUCCCGGACCACCGGGUUUACCAGGAAGUCAAGGCUUGAGAGGUGAUCCUGGUCUUCCUGGUUUGCGAGGACAAGACGGAGCAUCUGGACUUAAAGGAGAGAGGGGGGAGACGGGUUUACAGGGGCCUCCAGGCAACAUGAGUAAAGUUGACAUGGAGCACAUGAAAGGAGAGAAGGGAGACCUUGGAGAUCCAGGGAACCCCGGAAUAACAGGACAGAAAGGCUUUCGCGGACUUCCUGGAGACCCUGGAAUGCCAGGAAAAAAUGGAGAACCCGGUUUACCCGGCCAGCCAGGUAGGAAAGGAGACACUGGCGUUCCUGGAGAACCUGGCCAUAUGGGCCCACCUGGACAAAAGGGAAGUGCAGGCGAGAUGGGAAUACCGGGUCCAGUUGGUCCAAAGGGUCUUAAAGGAGACUUAGGUACACCGGGCCAUCCAGGUUUUAGAGGAACGGAUGGAGAGAAAGGAGAACGCGGAACACCUGGUGAGCCAGGAAUCGGUCUCCCAGGAUUUCCAGGAGAAAGAGGACAACCCGGUCAACCAGGAUUCCCAGGACUGCGAGGAGAGAAGGGUCUCAAGGGUCACAUGGGGACGCCCGGCAUGCCCGGAUUGCAAGGAAUUAAAGGAGAAAAAGGAAUAUUUGGCACACCAGGCCAGCCAGGAAUACCUGGUGAGAAGGGUGUCCCUGGGCUACCAGGGUCUGCAGGAGAACCUGGUCAGGAUGGUCGGCCAGGUGAGAGUGGUUUGCCAGGACCCCCUGGUCCACCUGGAGUGAAAGGAGAAGCGGGUGUUGAUGGCAUCCCUGGGCCUUCGGGGGAGAGAGGAGACCCUGGUUUACCGGGUCUUAGUAUUCCAGGACCCCCAGGGGAGCUAGGCAGCAAAGGUGAUAGAGGUAGUCCCGGCUUCCCCGGCAGCCCGGGCUAUCCUGGUGUGCCUGGUAUCAAAGGUGACAAGGGACAUCCUGGCUUUCCGGGACGCCAAGGUGAGCCCGGAGAAAUCGGGCUCCCAGGAUUCUCCCUCGAGGGCCCUAAAGGAAACCAGGGAGAAAUAGGACAACCUGGAGAACCAGGGAUCAUUGGUGCUCCAGGACCGUCUGGCGUGCCAGGACGAGAUGGCCAGAAGGGAGACAAAGGAGACCAGGGUCUUCCCGGUUUCCAGGGAGAGUCAGGGCAAAAGGGUGACUCUGGAACACCGGGAUUUCCCGGGCCGGCUGGUCUUCCAGGUGUUCAUGGUCCCAAAGGAGAGAGGGGACUUCAGGGGGUACCCGGGUUCCCAGGUACAAAGGGUAUUCAAGGUGAUUUUGGAUUCAAAGGAGAACUUGGAGACAGAGGAUUCCAAGGAGAAAAGGGUAAUGUUGGGCCACCUGGUCCCCCUGGUCCACACACCUUCAUCAAAGGAGACAUUGGCCUACCGGGUAUCACAGGCUUACCAGGACCGCAGGGGCCAGCUGGGUUGCCAGGGCAGAAAGGACAGCAAGGCCUAACAGGCAUUUCAGGGCCAAAAGGAGAAGAUGGCCUCCCUGGUUAUCACGGUCAGCCAGGAUCCAAAGGCGAUGCUGGUCUGCCUGGGCCUCAAGGACCCAGAGGGUAUCCUGGCCCACCGGGACCUGAUGGUGUUCCCGGCCAAGUGGGACCACCCGGCCCCUCCUCUAUGGAUCAUGGUUUCCUGGUGACUCGGCACAGCCAAACAAUAGAGGUUCCACUUUGCCCCGGGGGCACGUCCCCCAUCUAUGAUGGUUACUCGUUGCUCUACGUGCAAGGCAAUGAACGCUCCCAUGGACAGGAUCUCGGUACGGCGGGAAGCUGUCUAAGAAAGUUCAGCCCGAUGCCCUUCUUGUUCUGCAACAUCAACAACGUCUGCAACUUCGCCUCCCGUAAUGAUUACUCUUACUGGCUCACCUCGCCAGAGCCCAUGCCCAUGAGCAUGGCGCCAAUUACCGGUGAAAGCAUCAAGCCCUUCAUCAGCAGGUGUGCGGUGUGUGAAGCUCCAGCCAUGGUGAUUGCCGUUCACAGUCAGACAAUUAUGAUUCCCCCAUGUCCUUACGGUUGGGACUCUCUGUGGAUUGGCUACUCUUUCGUCAUGCACACUAGUGCAGGUGCUGAGGGCUCAGGUCAAGCUCUGGCCUCUCCUGGUUCCUGCUUGGAGGAGUUCCGAAGUGCUCCGUUCAUCGAGUGCCACGGCCGAGGAACCUGUAACUAUUACGCCAACUCCUACAGCUUCUGGCUUGCGACAAUUGAAGACAGUGAGAUGUUUACGAAACCCGUCCCGACGACGCUAAAAGCGGGAAAUCUGCGAACACACAUAAGCCGCUGUCAAGUGUGCAUGAAGAGGACAUAAACCCUGCCUGACUUGCGAUCCCAUUCACUUGGCUUUAAAACUUCCUAACGCCCGAGGAUGGUGCUAUUCCCCUGCAUGUGUGAACGCAGAGGGAGGUUUGAACGUUUGCAAACCGGAACAAAAACCAAAAACAAAGACCAAGGGCCUCUUUUUCCACGCGGAACACUUCUACUAACAAAGAAUGGCGCCCAGUUUACCGCUGCACUGAGUACUUGCCCCCAAACUGGUAAACUAUUGUUCAUUUUAAAUGGGUUGCAUAUGUAAGCCAGGUGCUAUUGAAUUGUACUUAUCUGCCUUAUCGCAUUUCUUCUCUGAAAGAUAAAAGCUACUUGUUUAUAACACACAGCCACACUCUGUUUUUCAUCUUGUUUACACACACUGAUAUUACGGAUGGGACUUGCCACUGAUUCUACAAAUCAUUUGCUAAUGCACGACACGCAAAUGUAUAACCAUUCCCCUGUUGUAAAUAUAAUGCAUUCCUAGUUCAACAUACUCUCCUCAGGUUAUUAUUGAGUCGACUUUUGUGUUAUUAAAUCCCUUUUAUUUAUAAGAUGUAUGAGACUUUGUUGGACUCGAGUGAAUGCAAGGUUCAAUGGACCCCAAGACAUUUAGCGCCUUAAUAUCGUGUAAAACAGCAUUUGAGUAGAAAUGACCGAUCACAAUAUGUAUGUUUGGCAGAUAACUUCUCUGGUGCAACAAUGCUUCGUAUCCACAAAAACAAAACAAACAAACUAUUUUUUUUUAAAUGGCACAGUUAGAAAAGCUUAUACCAUUUGUUGUGAAAGUAGCAUUGUUGCAACAGAAGAAACUCUCCCCACAACACAUUUUUGUUUGUGUUGUUGCUCUUGUUGAUGCUUAAACAAAGGCACUAAAUGUAAUUGAAAUAACCCAGCUUCACUGCUUUUCUGCCUUACUCUCCUCCCCUUCAAUCUUUGAUCCCCCUCCCUCCCCAAAUGCACAUGUACAGUAUAUACCUGUAUACAUACAACAUAUCGUAUACUUCCACAUAACGUGUACUUGCUAUUCUGCUUUUGGCCUUUAUCAUGAUUGAUUGAUUGACUACAAAGUCACCCACAUGGAAGCUCCUAUUUAUACUGUUCAUGCUAAAAUUAAUGGUAACCUGGGAAAGUUGUUUUUUAAAGUGAUUUUUUACGUGGUUGGAAAUGACAAAAUAGUUUACGAUUCUGAAGCGUUGGGUGAAGAUAAUUCAAUUAACACACACUCACAGAUAGAUAAAAAGAUGGAUAGAUAAUUGCAUCACAACUUGAUCUUUUUUGUGGUUUGUAAAAAAAAAACUUUUUGUGAUAUUUCCAACCAGACAUCACCCAUUCAAUGAACACAAAUUGACUACAACUGAAAAUAUUGCAAAUGUCUAAAUUAUUUUGGGCUUACCUGUAAGGCUUAAUGUGGUAAUUAUUCAGAGACAAUGUCAGGCAGUCCACUACAAUGAAGACUAUCAAGGUUUUGUAACGAAAAACUAAAGGUUUAAUACCACUAAUAAACUGACUAGAGCAUGCAUUUGUUAAUCAAGUACAAUGGAAAAUGACAAGUGUCACUGAUUAAAAUCAUUUUUUUCCCAAUUUUGUGUAACUCAUGAAAUAAAGGCCUUUGUAGAACA